ACCAGAGGGCGUCCCAGAAUGCAGAGCGCGAGACAUGGACCAAAAUGUAGACAAUGACCUUCAAGGAACUGAUGGUUCAGGGGCUUUGGGAGGGCCUGAUGUUCGCAGACGGAUACCCAUCAAGUUACUGUCCAAACAGACUCUCAGAAGCAAGCCCCCUGCCCGGCCUCAGCGGCCCACCACGAGACUGCCCUCCAGUGGACAAAAUGAUGAAGAAACAUUUACCUGUAAGCAGGAGGAGAGGUUUGAGUGCAAAUCUGGAGAUGCUUAUGGGAAACAGCGGAGAUUCCCCCACCCAUUUUUCUGGGACUUUAAGCUGAACUUGGUCGGAGAGAAAGAUGACACUCCAGUGCACUUCUGUGAUAAAUGUGGCCUGCCCAUAAAGAUAUAUGGACGAAUGAUUCCCUGUAAGCACGUAUUCUGCUAUGACUGUGCGGUUCUCUACGAGAAGAAAAGUGAUAAGACCUGUCCAGGUUUGUCCCUAUAUAGCUGCACCGAGCCAGUCCAGCGCAUCGAACAGUGCCAACGUGGAUCCCUCUACAUGUGCAGCAUUGUGCAGGGUUGCAAGCGCACCUACCUCUCUCAGCGGGACCUGCAGGCCCACAUCAACCACCGGCACAUUAGAGCGGGCAAACCUGGAGCCUCGCGGGCCGAGCCAACUCACCCAACCCCAGCUCCGACUCCGACCUUAACCUCAGAACCACCUGACCGUUUCCGCCUGCCCCCACCCCCUCACCUGCCCAAGUCCCACCCCCUGAUCCCACCGCCGCUGCAGGGUCAUGACCCCUAUGGGCAACCACCCCCCGCAUCACCUUCUCCCUCUGACCUAGGUCCGUCAUCCCGAGCCUUGCCACCGGAGACAUUUCGCAUAGCCACUGUGACCACACGCAAACACAGCAACCUCAUCACCGUGCCCAUCCAGGAUGACUCGGGCACCUCCAUUCCCUCUCCACGUGAACCCAUCCCACAGACUCCCCCAGGUCUACCCCCUCAUCACCACCCAGGACAGGUGGUGGCCCACCCUCACCACAUCAUGCCUCCACCUCAGCAGCAACAUUACGGGCCUCCACCACCACCACCCCCACUUGGCCACCCCAUGCAGGCCACAGGGGCUCCCCAUAUGGUCUACAACCAGGCACCUCCAAUGUCCACUGCGCCACCUCCCAUCACCCCUCCGCCUGGACAUAUUAUAAACCAGAUGCCCCCGUUUCUGAACCACCCGCUGUCUGCUGCUCUUCCUCAGCACGGUGCCCCUCCUGUUAAUGCCCCUCCACCUCAUCACUUUAACACUCUGCCCCAGGACCAGGGCACCUUGAGCCCGCCCUUUAACCAACCUGGCGCCCUGAGCCCAGGUUUGUGGCCCGCACCACGUGUCCCUCGCAUUCAGGGGCCCCCUCAGGGCCAGAUGCCUGGACACCACCCAGAACAGGCUCGAUAUAGACCAUACUACCAAUAGCACCUGGCCAGGAACAAUUAUAUCAGACAGUUUGAAAAUUAACAAUAUAAUCAGAAGUUCAAGUAAUUUUAAGUAAACUGUGCAUACACUCUGUGAUGACUUAUGUGAUGUUUUGUAUUCUGGUAUUUAAUGGUUUAACUGAUCUGGAAUCAAGUAAACGUUAUCUAUUGUAUGGUGGCUAAAAAAAUAGAAACAGUGAAACCUGUUAGAAGACAUUUUACGUAUUUGAACACUUUUCAUAACACGACAAUACUUUAAUCUUGUACCCACUGACUGCAAUAAAAUGCACAAACCGAAGAAA